UCAUUUUUUUCUUAAGAUAUUGAAAUGUAAAAUUUUCUUAUCAUUGAUAGUUUCUCAAGUGCGAGAACACUAGCUUGAAAAUUAUCUCAGUCAGUAUAACUUUGACUUUAAUGUUCAUAAGGUUGACAGUUUAUAUAAAUAUCACUUACAUUUUAUACGCGUUGUUUAUUAAAGUUUUUUUUGUGAAAAAAUUGCAAUGUGAUAAAUCUUAACGAGUUUAUUAAUUAAAAUAAAAUUUAUAUUUAAUUAAAAAUAAAGUUUAUCUAUGAAAAUGUGUUUUGUGUUUGUAAAUUAUUAUUUUCAUUGAUAAAUGGUUUUCUAUGUGUGAAUUUAUCCAUUUUUUCGUAGUAAAUUUAAUGGUGAAUAAUAAAAAAUGUGUGACACUAGACGAUUAACUCAUCGAACUUUAUAUAUUUCCGGAUCCACGGGCAUCGAUGAUGUGAUUAUAAAUGAUAAUCAAUCAGAAUCGUGGUCUUCGAGAUUUUUUUCUAUUUUUUGCGGUAGAUUGAGCCGUAGAAAAUUAUUCUCGAAUUCAAAUAAAAUGCAAGUGAUGGUUCUCCCAACCAGUUCUUUAGUUAGUGAUAAUGGACCGCAGGAUUUUAAGUCAACUUUAUCGAUAGCAGCAUCAUCUCAAAUAGUUAAGAUUUUAUUAGUAUUUUCUCGAGAUGAUCAACAGUUGGAUGUUUUAAAUACAGUAUCAAGAAACUUGGGAUGGAGUGUCUCGAUAGCCAAAAACGCGGAGCAAGCAGUUGAAAUUUUUCAAAAUCGAUGCCACGAUUUGAUAAUAAUCGAUCGAAGAGGUCAUCGAGCAUCAGAUGGCGAUGCGAUUUGCCAAGCUAUACGAGCCACGAACUAUCAUCACAGCAGCGUAAUUUUAGCAUUAGUUAAGAAGUCAUUUUUUACGGCAACCAACAAAGAAAAAAUAAUGACACUGGAUCUGCUUAAUGUCGGUUAUAGUAGAGCAAUGAUGGAAUGUUCACACGAUGUAAUGCUAAGUAAUCAUUUGAUCGGGAUCUAUGUAAGUGAAAUACAACCAAGAAUGCAACUCGCUGCAGCACAUGCGCUUUAUGUAGCCAUGGAUAGAUGCCGAGAUAUGGUGCAUAUAACUGAUGAUCAACAUAUAGUUCGCUUCGUUAAUAGAGCAAGUGAAAAAUUAUUGGGCUACAAGUAUGACGAAAUUUUAGGAAGUAAUCUUUCAGAAAUAAUAUCAUAUGAAAAUUUCGUAUUGAUGGAUCAGCAGCUGCAGCGUGGCAGAGAAUUCGAGGGUAACAUGAAUUGCAGGAGAAAGUUCAAUGAUACAAUUACAAUUAACUGCAGAAUUAUUCCAUUCUGUGCCUCGGGAAAAAAACCUACCCAUUAUGUUUACAUUCACGAUACCAUGUACUUAUUGGAAAAUAUUGGAAUGACAUUUAGUGGACAAAAUCCUCGUGGUAGUCUACACUCACUUCGUCGCGGUUCCUACGAUCUUAAAUCAGUUGGUAGUGAUCUCGGAACUCAACGACGAUCAAGCUUACAAAAAUUAAACAGUUUACCCCUGGAAGCUCCAAUAACUAAAGUAAUGAUACUUUUGACAAAUGUCAUGACUGAAGUAAAUGCCACGAAUCCUGAAUUAGCAAUGCAGAUUGAUAGGGCGAUUGAAGCUCUUAAAACAACAGAACUUUACAGGCCGUAUCUUAAAGAAGAUACAAAAAUUUAUAAUGAUCCAGUUGCAUCGGAUUUAGUGGAAGCUCUUUUAUCAAAAACGUCUCAUUAUAUUCGUGAUUCACGAAGAUCAUCAAACGAUUCAAUGCGAAGUGUAGCUAUAAAAAUUGGGCAUUCAAUAAGCAAUCGAAUGCAAGCAAAAACUCCACAUGGACCAAGAGAAAUUGAUAAAUUAUUGGAUCGAAGUCUUGACUGGGAUUUUGAUAUUUUUUAUUUAGAAGUACUAACUGAUAGAAGGCCGCUGGUUCAUUUGGGAAUGAAUCUCAUGUGUCGAUAUAAUGUUCCGGCUAGAUUAAAUUGCGAUGAAACAACUUUACGAAAUUGGCUUACCGUAAUUGAAUAUAAGUAUCAUUUGGACAAUAGUUAUCAUAAUUCUACUCAUGCAGCAGAUGUUUUACAAGCAACGGCAAGAUUUAUGCAGUCAGAACGACUGCAAAUGGUAUUAGAACCUCUUGAUGAGGUUGCCGCAUUGAUUGCCGCAGCAGCGCAUGAUAUCGAUCACCCUGGUAAAUCCAGUCAAUUUUUAUGUAACGCUGAUAAUAAAUUAGCUAUUCUUUAUAACGAUCUAUCAGUUCUUGAGUCUCAUCACGCAGCAUUGACAUUCAAAUUGACAUUAGCUGAUGAUAAUGUUAACAUUUUUAAAAAUUUAGAGAGAGAAACGUAUAAAAUCAUAAGGCAAAAUAUUAUAGAUAUGAUUUUAGCAACGGAAAUGACGAAACACUUUGAACACUUGGCGAAAUUUGUUAAUAUUUGUAGUGGUAGAGGUGGUGAUGAGUAUAACUCUGAUGGAAUUGAUAUGCCAACAUUACUACAGCCGGAAAAUGUAACACUAGUAAAAAUAAUGAUGAUUAAAUGUGCUGAUGUAUCUAAUCCUACUCGUCCCCUCAAAUGUUGUAUUGAGUGGGCCAAAAGAAUAGCCCAAGAAUAUUUCAAUCAGACUGACGAAGAAAAGAAACAAAAAAUGCCAGUUGUAAUGCCCAUGUUUGAUCGUAAUUCUUGCUCUAUUCCUAAAUCUCAAAUUGGAUUUGUUGAUUAUAUCAUCAAUGAUAUGAUCGAAGCAUGGGAUGCUUUUAUUGACAUGCCAGAAUUAGUAACACAUAUGAAACAAAAUUAUGAUAAAUGGAAAGAAUAUCACGAAAAAGGAAUUUCGACAUUGAAUGAUAUUGAACGUCUUCAAAUGUCACCGGAAUUAAAAAUACCUAGUUCACAAUAACAAAUACAUUAUGUACUUAAAAUUUGUAUAAACUGUUUUAAUUAAAAAAUAUAUUUUAUUAAUCAUGUUAUUUUGUUU